AUGUGGAGUACAACACUCUGCCAGCCGCCAUUGCGGUGGAUUCAAGCGCCAGGUCGAGCGCUCUCAAGUUCAUUCGCCAGAGGGCGUAUUAAUCCUCGUGGUCCUCGGAAUUCGAUACGGAGACCAGAUCCUAUUCGAAAGGAACGGAUAUCCCCUAUUCCAGAGACGGAUAACUCAAGUUCCCCGAAUACCAACUAUAGCCCUUCCCAGAACACGCUGCUCGCUCCCGUCCAUAUUCCAGAAGAUCCGCAUGCCGUGCUGAAAGAGACACAUCCGGCAACGGCUAUAUUGGCCAACUCUGGGCUGGUGGUCCAGCGGCAGUUAGAGAUGAUGAAUGUUAUGAUUGGAUUUGAACAAGCCAACAAGUACGUGGUUAUGGAUGCAAAUGGGAAUCAUAUUGGGUAUAUGGCAGAGCAGGAGAAAGGUAUGGCCAAUAUGAUGGCCCGGCAGUGGUUCCGAACGCAUCGGAGUUUCGUGACGCAUGUGUUUGAUAGACAUGAGAACGAAGUGCUUCGAUUUCACCGUCCAUUCUCAUGGAUCAACUCUCGGAUCCGAGUCUACGACCCUCUCGAUAGUGCGAAGAGCGCUUAUUCACCUUCCACGACUCUCCAACCCGUUCCGCUGGGUUCGCUUGCGCAGGCCACGGGCACCUCUAAUGCUCGAAUCUCGCCACUGGCAUUCGAAGAUAUGCGCAUCGUGGGAGAAGCCCAGCAGCAAUGGGCUCCACUGCGUCGGAAAUACAAUCUUUUCACCUAUCACCAUUCACCAAACCCGACAACACACAUGCGAACGGAGAGAAUACCGCUGCGGCAAUCGGGUCUGUCUGACGCACAGCAGAUACAGUGGUCUCAAACGACAAAGGGCGCACAGAGUCUGGGUGAGUAUAACCAAUUUGCCUACGUGGACGAGCCUUUCCUGUCCUGGGACUUUAGCCUUCGCUCGGCGGACAGUCGGUUGAUUGGGUCCGUCAAUCGUAACUUUGCUGGGUUUGCGCGCGAGAUUUUCACGGAUACCGGUGUCUACGCUCUACGAAUGGAUUCGGCGGCGCUCGGUGCUGAACAAGGGGCCACCCCAGAGAAUGCCGGUGACGGCAUGACCCUCGACCAGCGUGCGAUAAUGCUAGCUACUGCUGUGGGCAUCGACUUCGACUACUUUAGCCAUCAUAGUGAUUCUGGCGGAUUCGGAUUCAUGCCUCUAUGGAUCCCCGGGUUUGGAGGAGAGUCUGCCGCCGGCGCCGCUGCUGGCGAAGCGGGCGCUGUUGGCGGAGCUGCCGCAGGGACUCUUGGUCGAGCGGGAGCAGCCGGUGGCAUGGCAGAUGGUGCUGCUGCCGGUGCUGCCGGUGCGGGGGCCAUGGCUGGAUAUGAAGCCAUGUCUCGGAGCAGGCCAGGAGAAAGCACGUCCUCGUCCGCUCCGCCCGAUCAGACACCGCCAGUCGACCAACAAGCGUCGUCACCCGGGCAGACAGGACCAUAUGGAGAUGUCUGGGAGGACCCUUGGUCCCAGGAUCAGGACCAGGACGAUCCCUGGACUGCAGAAGAUCCAGCCGAUGGAGACGGCGAAGGGGACGACAUGGAUUGGUUCUAA